UUCGCCCGAAACAUUUUCGCUCGCUGAGAAAAUCCAAAGCGCCUCUUGCAACUGAAAACUCCGAAGCGACAGAAGAAGAAGAAGAAGAAGAAGAAGAGAGCGACGAGUCCGCGACUCACUCCCUCAUUUCACUGAUCACGAUGUCCUCCUUCUCCCAACUCGACGGCGACUCGGUCCUCUCCCCGGGGUUUGAGCCCUACGCGGCUCCCCACUUCGCCGAGUCCGACUCGGUCGCCGAGGAGGAGGAGGAGGACGACGACGGCGCCGCCGGCUUCGAUUCCGGGGACGGUUUUUUCUCGGAGCAGGCGCCGGCGGCGCCUCCGGUCUACGCCGCGGCCGGGGAGUUCUCGGCGGAGGAGGAGGCGGACGGCCCGGUUUUGCCGCCCCCGAUGGAGAUGCUGCCUGAGGAAGGAUUUGCUCUGAGAGAAUGGAGGAGACAAAAUGCAGUUCGAUUGGAAGAGAAAGAGAAGAUGGAGAAAGAACUAUUGAACCAAAUAAUUGAUGAAGCAGAUGAGUUUAAAAUUGAGUUCUACAGGAAAAGGACGAUAACCUGUGAGAACAACAAGACAACCAACAGGGAAAGGGAGAAGUUGUUUUUGGCCAGCCUAGAGAAGUUCCAAGCUGAGGCUGACAAGAACUAUUGGAAGGCGAUUGCAGAGCUCAUUCCUAAUGAAGUUCCCACCAUAGAAAAUAAGAGAGGAAAGAAGGAUCAAGGGAAGAAGCCCUCUGUUGUCGUUGUCCGAGGACCUAAGCCAGGAAAACCAACCGAACUUUCAAGGAUGCGGCAGAUUCUCUUGAAGUUGAAGCACAGCGCUCCGUCCCACCUGAAGCUUUGUCCGCCAUCAGCACCCAACACAGAUGACCCUAAAGUCAGUGGUGCCGUGGUGGCUGAUGCUCCCAAGAAGGCGGCGGUGGCAGCCCCUGAAGCUGUUGUCGCUGCUUGAAUGGGACUAUAAUUUCGUUAUUGUCGUUCUUGCUGGAUAGCUUAAUAGCGAAAAUACAUCCUCUGGAAUGUCAUGACUCGUGGAGUUCCUCUUUUUGGAACACACGUGGUCAAGUGUCUCCGAUGGCACAGAACUAGCGAGGUCAAACAUCGAGGUCCAACUUCUUGUUGUGAUAGGGUCUUCCUAAAUGCUGAUACUAUGCUAUCCUUUAUGUAAUCAACGUUCCAGGUGAUGGUCUUGUCAUUUCUUUACAUCAAGUUGAAGGAAGAAAAUAUUGGAUGCC